UUUUUGAUUUUCCCACUAUUUUGAAAGGAAUGGGUACGCUCGUAUAACCUGAUGGAUGGAAUCUAAAACUGAAAGGCUGUGAAGGGACAAAGUCAUUAAGCGUCAAUGCAAGUCUUCCGAACAGAUUUCCAAUGCUUUUGGCAACUAGGUUAUUGUGCAAGCCGGUAAUGGCCACAUCGUUGAAUUCUGCUAGUGUAAAGCCAAGCGGAAGCGGAUCAAUGGAGGCGUUAAAGCCAAAAUUAAAAGGAGUAGUGUUCGACAUGGAUGGGACCCUGACCGUUCCAGUUAUCGACUUCGCUCUCAUGAAACGCAAGGUUCUCGGCGACGAUCACCACUACUUUAAAUCUGGAAGUACCUCUCGUAUCGAUAUUCUUCACGAAAUCGAGCAAUGGAGUCCUGAGAGGCAGCAGAAAGCUUAUUCUAUUAUUACUGACAUGGAGCGUGAGGCUCAUGAGCGCUUACAGAUUAUGCCUGGAGCGCUGGAACUCUGUGAGUGGCUUGAUUCUAGACAAAUAAGGAGGGGUUUGAUAACACGCAAUAUCAAAGCAUCGGUUGAUUUGUUUCAUUCUCGAUUUGGGAUGAAAGAAUUCAGUCCUGCUUUGAGCAGGGAAUUUCGUCCUUAUAAACCAAAUCCUGCUCCGCUGCUUCACAUCUGUACAACAUGGGCAGUUUCACCAAGUGAAGUAAUGAUGGUUGGUGACAGUGUUAAUGAUGAUAUUGCUUGUGGCAAGGGUGCUGGUGCAAUUACUUGCCUCCUUGAUGAAUCUGGGAAAUACACCAGUACUGAUGCAUCUAGCAAUGUGCAACCGGAUUUCAAGGUAGAAGGCAUCGACUCCACCUGGUUUCAUAGGUCUGAGUGUGCCUACAUAAUUCCAAUGGUGGUUGUGGGAGAUAGCAUUUUGGAUGGACUAUCCUAACUUAAAACCUUUGCUCUCUAUCAGAGCAAUAAUCCUUGUCUUGCACUUACAUGAUCGGAUCGCCAUUUAGGCCAUAUCUGAUAACCCUGGUUGAAUAUGUUUGUGUUUGUGUAAGUGUCAUCUUUUCCAUUUUGUUUAUUAUUAAUUGAUUAUUAUAAAUAUUAAAUUUAUGGUUUA